GUCCCUCCCUGGGUAUUUAAAAGGAGACCGACUCCCGCUAGCUCCAAAGCAGCACGACACAUACAUAUUUCGUAGUAUCUAUCGGAAUUAGGUACGAAACGGAAGCCCAAGGAAGAAAAAGAGAAAAAAAGAAAAGACGGAAACCAAGCCCCAGGAUGUGUAUCGUUCUCCUCACCACAGCACAUCCCAGCUACGCACUCAUCAUCCUCGAUAACCGGGACGAGUUCAUCCUUCGGCCCACCAGCCGGCCGCACUGGUGGACACCCGAGACCAGCGCGUGCCCGAGCGCGGCCGCGGUCAACGGGACAGCGAACGGGGCGGCGAACGGGACGGCGAACGGCGAAACCAAGCCGAAGCCUAAGCCCAAAGCGCAGGAGAUCCUUUCGAGCCGCGAUCUGCAGCGGGCCGAGCGCGGCACCUGGCUCGGCGUGACCAAGGCCGGCAACUUCGCGGUGCUGACAAACUACCGGGAGACGGACACGCACGAUGCCGCGCACCCGGUCCACGGCGCGCGCAGCCGCGGCGGCAUGGUGACGGCAUGGCUGGCCGCGAGCCCCGACGAGCCCACCGCGCACUUUGUCCAGCGCAUGCUCGAGGACGGCGGCGUCAGGGGCGUCGGGGGGUUCUCGCUGAUAUGCGGAAAGCUGCGGCCGCGGCGCGGGGGCGACGACGACGACGGGACGGGGAGGGCGCUGGAGCCGCUAGCCAUCAUCUCCAAUAGGAAUGAGUCUGUUGAUCAGGUCCCCUGGAUAUGUAGCGAGGAGGGCCGGUCCUACGGCCUCAGCAAUUCCUGCUUCUCUGACGAGCCCGCGUGGCCCAAGGUUGAGGAUGGCCUGAGGCUGGUCAAGGAGGCUGUCAAGUUGGCGGUCGCGGAGGAUAUGGACGAGGAUCGCCUGAUGGAGACCCUUUUCGCCGUUUUGGAUAGUGACACUCUCCCUAUUGACCCCGAGAUGGGCUUUGAGGACUACAUUCCCGUGUUGAAGCAGUCGAUAUUCAUUCCCGCCAUUGGCGACGAGGGUCAGAGGCUGGCCAUGGAACAGGCGACCAAGAACGGCAAGCAGCCGAUGUCUGCCUCUGCCGAGGUGCCCGAGGAGUUGACAAGCACCGAGCGACCUGACGAUGCCGGCCAGGGUUUCGAGACGGGCAUGUAUGGGACUCAGCGUCAGACGAUCCUGCUGGUCGACUGGGACGGGAAUGUGACUUACCGGGAGAGGGCAUUGUGGGAUGCCAAUGGGAAUCAGAUCCCUCGAGGGGCUGCCGAUAUGACGUUCAAGUUCAAAGUGGAUGGGUGGGACUAAGGGGGAAAGGGAGGCGGAUAUGGCUUUAUGUUGCAUCGGGACAACUGUGAUGGCGGCAUGGCACAAAGACCAUUGGCACGAGUCGGGCGCAUAGAAAUAGGUUCUUGCGCUGGUCCAUCUUGGGUAUUUUCUGCAUACAUACAAGGCAUAUAGGGCGGAGGGUGACAAAAAUACCACUCAAACUUAGU